AUGAGGCUAACCAAACCUACUUUAUUCACCAAUAUUCCGGUGACUUGUGAAGAAAGAGAUUUGCCUGGUAAUCUGUUUAACCAGCUUAUGAAAGACGAUCCUUCUACUGUGAAGGGAGCAGAAACUUUGAUGCUAGGAGAAAUGCUAACUUUGCCUCAAAAUUUUGGAAAUAUAUUUCUGGGAGAGACCUUUUCCAGUUACAUUAGUGUACACAAUGAUAGUAAUCAAGUUGUCAAGGACAUACUGGUGAAGGCUGAUCUGCAGACAAGUUCUCAGCGCUUGAACCUUUCAGCUUCUAGUGCUGCAGUGGCAGAACUUAAACCUGACUGUUGCAUUGAUGAUGUGAUCCAUCAUGAAGUAAAGGAGAUAGGGACACACAUCUUAGUUUGUGCAGUAAGUUACACUACGCAGACCGGAGAGAAGAUGUACUUCAGGAAGUUCUUCAAAUUUCAGGUUCUUAAACCACUAGAUGUGAAAACCAAAUUCUACAAUGCUGAGACAGAUGAAGUGUUUCUGGAAGCUCAGAUUCAGAAUAUCACUACCUCUCCAAUGUUUAUGGAGAAGGUUUCUUUAGAGCCAUCUAUGAUGUACAAUGUUACAGAACUGAACACAGUUGACACAGCAGGGGAAAGUGAGUCUACUUUUGGUUCAAGGACUUAUUUACAACCUAUGGAUACACGUCAGUACUUAUAUUGCUUAAAACCAAAGCAAGAAUUUGCAGAGAAAGCUGGAGUAAUAAAAGGUGUAACAGUGAUUGGUAAACUAGACAUUGUGUGGAAAACUAAUCUGGGUGAACGAGGAAGGCUGCAAACUAGCCAGCUCCAAAGAAUGGCUCCUGGUUAUGGUGAUGUAAGGCUUUCUUUGGAGACAAUACCAGACACCGUAAAUUUGGAAGAACCUUUUGACAUUACAUGUAAAAUAACAAAUUGCAGUGAAAGGACUAUGGAUCUGGUUUUAGAAAUGUGCAAUACUAAUUCCAUCCACUGGUGUGGAGUUUCAGGAAGGCAACUUGGAAAGCUUCACCCGAGUUCAUCCCUCCAUCUCGCACUUACAUUGUUGUCUUCAGUACAGGGAUUGCAAAGUGUCUCUGGCUUAAGACUUACAGACACGUUUUUGAAGAGAACAUAUGAGUAUGAUGAUAUUGCACAAGUCUGUGUAGUUUCUUCAGAAGUCAAACAAAGCUGAAGAAAAAAUUCUGUAUUUCUGCUGGGCUUUUUUCUUUUUUUGGACCAACUUCUUGAUGGUUUUGCAGCUGAAAUCAUUAAAAUGUGUACAAACAAAACCAAAUCCCUAUAUAUCUACAAACAAAUGUAACUAUGCUUAUUUAAUUUCUCUGAGCAUUUUUUGAAUGUUUUAAAAUCUUUUAAAAACAUGCAUAUGAAUUUUAUCUCCUGAAAAUAAAGCCUUUGAAAAAA